CUUCUAUCUAGCUCCUGGCUAGAUUCUGGUUAGUUUCUGGAAUGCUUCUUGGAGUUUCUGGCUAGCUUCUGGCUAGCUUCUUGGAGGAUUGCAGAUUUGAGGUAAAUAAUACUUAUUUAUACAUAUAAAUUGGUGAGGCGGGUUGCAGGACAGUGUUUUGAAGAUGAGUUGAUGGAAAAUAAAUAAAAUGUACGUGAAAAAAAGAUGUAAAUAUAUAUAUAUAUACAGGACACGACAAGACGAGGACAAAAGACGUCUGAACUGCUAUGCCAUCUCGGGCAAAAGGGGGUACCGGUACAAUGUGUCAAUGUGCUGGGGCACCGGUGUCGAGGUAAUUGACAUAAUUAUGUACAUGCAGGUAGGGUUGUUAAGUGGCUAUGCAUAGAUAAUAACAGAGUAGUAGCGGGGGUAUCUGGGUAGCCAUUUGAUUAGCUGUUCAGGAGUCUUAUGGCUUGGGGGUAGAAGCUGUUUAGAAGCCUCUUGGACCUAGACUUGGCGCUCCGGUACCACUUGCUGUGCUGUAGCAGAGAGAACAGUCUAUGACUAGGGUGGGUGGAGUUUUUGACGAUUUUUAGGGCCUUCUUCUGACACCGCCUGGUAUAGAGAUCCUGGAUAGCAGGAAGCUUGGCUGGGCCGUACGCACUACCCUCUGAAGUGCCUUGCGGUCGGAGGCCAAGCAGUUGCCAUACCAGGCAGUGAUGCAAAAAUGUUGAGGAUCAGCGUGGUGGAUGUGUAAUCUACCCUUACCACCUGGGGGUGGCCUGUCUGGAAGUCUAGGAUCCAGUUGCAGAGGGAGCUGUUUAGUCCCAGGGUCCUUAGCUUAGUGAUGAGUUUUGAGGGCACUAUGGUGUUGAAUGCUGGGCUGUAGUCAAUGAACAGCAUUCUCACAUACGUGUUCCUUUUGUCCAGGUGGGAAUGGGCAGUGUGGAGUGCAAUAGAGAUUGCAUCAUCUGUGGAUCUGUUGGUGCGGUAUGCAAAUUGGAGUAGGUCUAGGGUUUCUGGGAUGAUGGUGUUGAUGUGGGCCAUGACCAACUUUCAAAGCAUUUAAUGGCUACAGACAUGAGUGCUACGGGUCGGUAGUCAUUUAGGCAGGUUACCUUAGUGUUCUUGGGCACAGGGACUAUGGUGGUCUGCAUGAAACAUGUUGGUAUUACAGACUCAGACAGGGAGAGUUUGAAAAUGUCAGUGAAGACACUUGCCAGUUGGUCAGCUCAUGCUCAGAGUACACGUCCUGGUAAUCGUCUGGCCCAGCGGCCUUGUGAAUGUUGACCUGUUUGUAGGUCUUACUCACAUCGGCUGCGGAGAGCGUGAUCACACAGUCAUCCGGAACAGUUGAUGCUCUCAUGCAUGUUUCAGUGUUAUUUGCCUCGAAGCGAGCAUAGAAGUUAUUUAGCUCGUCUGGUAGGCUCAUGUCACUGGGCAGCUCUCGGCUGUGCUUCCCUUUGUAGUCUGUAAUGGUUUGCAAGCCCUGCCACAUACGACGAGUGUCGGGAACAGUCGGUGUAGUUCGAUUCGAUUGAUGAAUUAGGGUCAGUAAUUAGUAAGGAACUCCCCUCACCUGGUUGUCUAGGUCUUAAUUGAAAGGAAACACAAAAAAACAGCAGACACUAGGCCCUCCAUGGAAUAAGUUUGACACCCCUGGCAUAGGACUAUGCUGUGAAGGUGAAUAAAAUCAAAGUUUAUUUGUCCUGUGCACAGGAUACAACAAGGGUAAAUAGUACAGUGAAAUGCUUAUUUGCAAGUUUUUCCUCAACAAUGGAAUAUUCAAUAUCAAUGGUCAAGAAGUAAGAAAUACAGAAUAAGAAACUGAAAAAAACAGCUCAGAAUCAAUACUAGGUCAGAUCAAAUAAAAACACAGGAGAAUGGAUGCUAAUUCUCAUGUAGGUUAACUGUACCUUGCUGUUUAUGCCAUUGUGUGUUUCCUGCAGUCUGUGAAGCCUCCUUUUUCUCCUCGACAUCCCGAGAGACUCCAAUUCCCAGCAUACCCUCCCUCACUCCCUCAGCUGCACAACGUGUCCCGGCAACGGUUUCCAACACAAUCCUGUCCUCCUCCUCUGUCUUGCAGCGUACCACUAGAGCACCUCCUGUGUCAUCAUCGGUGUUACCUCAAUUGAUGGUCCCCACGGGAGUCCCUGGUAUGCCCUCUCUGGUACCAUCUGGCAUGGUCCAGGGACAACAGCUGAUCCAGAUCCAAACCCCUACAGGUCUGAGCACCAUGCUACUGCCCACAGCUGUUAACCCUGGUGCCGGCCCGGCCAAUGCCCAGCAGAUCUACUUCACCCAGGGUUUCCCGGUCCGAAACGUCAGGCCUGGGCAGAACCCUAUGGGGAUAGUUCUGAAUUUACAGCAAGGCCAGAUGAUUCGACCCAUCACCCUACUCUCUGGACCUGGAGGGCAGUUCUUUGCUCCGUCUAUGGGGAUGCCUCAGGUUGUGACCCAGCCUGCACAGAUUAGGCCCACUGCUGGCCCCAGUGGUGUUUUACGGCAGGCGGUGCCCAGCACCUUUGCCACUAUGCAAAUCCCUGCCACCCUCACCAUCCGCGGGUCCAGUCACGCCCCCCUCACCACCACGGCUAGCACCAUGGGCACCCGGCCCACUCUACUCAACACUUCCUCACAGCCUCAGAUUUUGAAAUGGAACCAAGUCCCAGUCGCUCUCCAAUCGCAGCUUCUGCAGAUCGUCAAGAGCAAUAGCCAGGCCAAUGUACCUGUGGCCACGCCCCUGACACAGGGCAACACCAAAGUUGAUCGGGAGGUAAAGAUAUGCCCCCGAUGUGGAGCCCAAUUCAAAAUGCAAGAAGCACUUCAAGGACAUAUGUGUUUCUGCUGUCCAGACCUGGUCAUUACUGCUGGGCCUUCAAGCAGCAGUGGCACUCAGAACCCCCUGCCAGAACUGGCUCCCAGCUCCAACCCAGACCCUCCGCCUAAGGUGGUUAUGCUAGUGGAUGAUUUCUACUAUGGCCACUUCGCAGGCCAACAGUCCCUGGUCGACAGUCAGCCCACGAAGCUGAACUAUUCCUUCAAAUGUGUCAUCUGUCCCAAGAGGUCCAAUAGCAACAUUAGGCUGAUGGACCACAUGAAGCAGCACCCAGAGAUGACUAAAUGGGUGGACCAACUGACCUCCUGCCAGCACUGCUUCCGCCAGUUCUCUACCAGCGCCCAGCUCCAGUACCAUGUGGAGAAUGCCCACGGGCCCACUCAGUCUUCCACUUGUUGUAAGAUCUGUGAGUGGGCGUUUGAGAGUGAGCCAGUGUUCCUGCAUCACAUGAAGAACACCCACAAACCAGGAGAGAUGCCCUAUAUUUGCCAGGUGUGUCGGUACCGGUCUUCUUUCUUUUCUGAUGUGUACAACCACUUCUGUACCAAUCAUGCAAAGACAUGCAACCAGCUGUGUGUCUACUGCCUGAAGGUGUUCAAGAGCCCCAACUCCUACCAGCAGCAUUACAUACGACACCAGGCCAGUAGAGCGAGUCACUGCAACAAGUGCCGUUUGCAGUUCCUCUCUGCCACUGACAGGAUGGAGCACAAAACCCACAGCCACAGGACCUUCCGCAAACCCAAGCAGCUGGAGGGGCUCCAACCUGGGACUAAAGUGACCAUCAGGGCAUAUUCCCACCACAAGGGACAGUUGCCCAAGAAUGUACCUAUGGACUAUAAGACGACAGGCCCCACUCCUCAGGCGGGCCAGACCUACACAAACAUACAACAUAAACUACAACAUCAGUCCAAACCACCUCCACAAACAACCAGAACCACCAUGAGGAAAUCCAUCAAGCAGUUGGACCUGCUCACCAAGUUUCAGAAACGGAGUGUGUCUCUAGUCAAGCAGCGGUGCAUGGAGUGCAGCUCAGACGUACCCAGCUUCCCCGACCACUACCCCACCUUCGUCCACUGUGCUGUGUGCCCCUACAGCACCUGCUGUUCGCGCUCCUACGCAGACCACAUGAUUACAAAUCAUGCACCACGUAUGAAAACCAACCGGGUCCCCCUGCACAAGCGGCCUCCCCCUUGCUAUUUGAAGCUGCGGUGUGAGCUCUGUGACUUCAGCUCUCAGACAGGGGACCUUAUGGCCAAGCACCUGGCCCAGGACCCAAGUCACGGCUCCAGCACCUGUACACCAAACAAGUCUCUGGAGUCUGACAUUGAGUUCUGCCAAGAGGAGGAGGAGGACAAAUCCGGGGGGGGUGUGGAAGUGGGGAGGUCUGAAUGGGCGUUAAUGGAGAACUGGAGAGAACCUCUGCUGAGAGGCACCAACUCCGCAACCAUCCUCGACUUCACAGAGAGCUGCGGUCCUCGCCAGUCCUUAAACAAAAACAGCGACGCUGUCGACUACUUCAACCUGCUCUUCCCGUACUCGCUCAUGGAGCUCAUCGCCAACGAGACCAACGCCAAGGCCAAGACCUGCCAGUUUCUUGGGCAGCGUGACCCGGACUGGGUCCCUGUUGCCGCUCACGAGAUCAAGGGCUUCAUAGGUCUCAGUAUCCUCAUGGGCCUUCAGAGCCUCCCAGAGCCUGCCAACUACUGGUCCUGGCAGCACUACGACAACUGCCACACCUUCUUCAGGGCCAUGUCCAUCAAGCGCUUCCAGCAGAUCUCCAACAACAUCUGGAUGGGUAGUCUGCUCACCUCCAUGGAGGAGGAGGAGGAGGAGGAGGGGGAGGGCAGUGGCAGCGACAGGCUGCGUCUCUUUAGACCUAUGCUGAGCAUCCUUGGCGACUCCAUGUGGGAAGCCUACCAACCCAACCGGUGCCUUGCCAUCGACCGGGCCCUGCUGCCCAGUCUGGAGACGGAGGCUGGCCAAGCCAAAGGGAACCCCAAGGCCCAACCAGGGGUGUGGCUGCUGUGUGACUCCAAGUCGGGCUACUGCCACCGACUGCUCAUCCACAUGGGGAGGGAGAAGGAGAAUGAGCUGGGGUUCAGUGUCGUUCCCCCCUUAGUGGAGGGACUCCAGCAGAAACACCACCAGCUCUUCCUGGGUAGCUCACUGGCCUCUGCCCCUCUCAUGCAGAAGCUCUUGGACCAGGGCAUUUAUGCCUCUAGCUCCUUUCCUCCACCAAGCCCCAUCCUCCCCAGGGAGCUGUGGGAGCAGGGUAAGUUGGAGAAGCCUGGGGACUUCCUGCAGAGGCAGUUGGGUCCCCUGCUGGCCACCCGCUGGAAAGACACCAAGGAGAUGGGCUGCCUGUCCACCAACGCCAGGCCGGGGCAGCCAGACACAGUGUGGAGGAAGUCUCAAACCAAAGUGGGCGAACUCAGCCCCAUCGAGCGGCCCUUAGCCUUCCGACUUCUGCAGGAGAAUAUGCGAGGAGUUGACAUCUGCAAACAGCUGCUUGCCUGCAACCCUCUAGGAGGGCUGCCACUAGACAAGCACUGGCGCAGUCUCUUCUGGUUCCUGGUCAACCUGAGCAUAGUUAAUGCCUUCAUAGUGCUGCGGGAGAGCCGCAAAGAGAACCCACCGUCAUGGGUGCAGGGCGGACUCUUUACCCAGGCAAACUUUCGAAAGCGCUUAGGGCAUCAGCUAGCCAAGUGUGCAGAGAGACAAGCACGCAUCCACUCUGAGAAUAAAGAGGGACUAGCGAGCGUGCGAGAAGUUGCCCUGCAAGGCAAUCCAAAUAAACUAAGGCACAGAUUGGUUAAACUCACCGCCAAGACCAAGAGAUGCAAGAACUGCAAUCUGAAGAACCUGCGCCAUGAGAGCGUGUUUGGAUGCAUCGUUUGCAAAGCCAACCUGUGCAAGCAGCCCAGCUGCUUCUGGGAGUAUCAUGGCUUCUCACCCCACCACUCAGGCUCCCCUAAUGUUGGAUUCAUCAUGGAGGACAUGAGAAACACCAUGGGAGCAGACCGCUUUGACGACAGCAGCGAGUGGGGUCCCUUAGGGCCGGAGAGUGACCUGGACGAGGCAAUGGCCCCAGUGGAGGACAUGGGCUCAGACACAGACAAUGAAGAAAUGGAGGUUGAAGCUCUUGGCAAGGACGUUGAUGAAAUUGUUAAUGCAGGGGAGUCUAAACAGCAGCCUGCUGUAUCUGACCCUCCCAUCACCCCUCCGACAGUACGCCCGGUGGUAAAAGAACGAGAGGACACCCUCUCUGUGCGUCUGCUGAGGAUAGUGCUGUUCGCUCUGUGCUGCGGGGAACGUCAAGCCGCCAAGCAGCUAUCCACCCAGUCUAAUCUCAUCCGGGCCUGUCUGAAGAACAAGGAGAAGCAGCUGGAACGUGAUGGCCGGGGACCCGGCAAGGGAGAGGCGGUGGAGCGCAUGGUGGAGUGGGUCAUGGCCCAGCGAGAGCAGCAGCUGCCGCUCAACGAGAAGAACCUUUUUCAGAGGGCUUCUGAGAUCCACAGCCAGAACGGUCACAGCAGCGCCUUCCGCAUCUCUUAUGACUGGGCUGUGAGCUUCAUGCUGCAGCAUAGCCUUGGCUGGCAGGCUGUUGGGCGGACUGCCACGGUCAGCUGCCGCUUGCCACGCUCCAUGGAGGACAACGCUAACUCCUUCACCAAGUUCACCCGCAAGCACAUCCAGGCCCACAAUCUGCCCCACACAGGCAUAGCUGCCAUGGACGAGCUGUCUGUCUUUGUAGACAUUGAGGCGCUUGCGGAUCCAGCCAAAGUGGAUAAAGAAGAGGCUCUCCAGCUGGUGGGAACCAGGGAACCUCUGGUCACCAUCUAUCUUUCAGCGCUGGCCGAUGGCACCAUGCUACGCACCCUGGUCCUAAUCAAGGGGCAGCUCCCCAAGAUGCAGGGCACAGGCCUCCCCAACUCUGUCCUGCUGGAGGCCAAGGUGGAGGGAUUCACCAGGGACGAGGAGUUGGCACUGUGGGAGUCUCAGGUGUGGCGCCAACAUAUGCUGGACCAGAACAGGAGUGCCAAAGGCAUGCUGAUCCUGGACGGCCACCGUGGACACGUGUCUAAGGACUUCUUGACCACCCUUGGUGCCACUGGCACCCUUCCGGCCGUGGUCCCCGCUGGCUGCACCUGCCGCCUCCAGCCCCUGGAGAUGUGCCUGCGGCCCGUGCUGCAGAGUUUCUUGCUGGCCCGCUGGGCCCGGCUGGCUGCCGAGGGUGGGGCAGCAGGGGCCACACACAAAGACCUAGUGCAGCUGCUAGUGGCCUGGCUAGUGGAGGCUUUGUCCUACCUAAAGGAACAGCCUGAUCUGCUGCGACAGUCCUUCCACCUUACUGACUUGGUCCCUGGGCAGCGGGACCAGGAAAUGACCAAGACUCUGGCAGAGACCCAGUCAGAGCUGAUGAGUACUCUCAGAGAGGCCCUGCUAGGUCCUGAGGUUCUGGAGCCAGAGUCACCAGCAGAGCUCGAGCAGGAAGACAGCAGGGGUACAGAGGACAUGGAGGCUGGAGAAGAGAGGGUAGAUGAGGAGCAAGAGGCUGGAGAAGAGAGGGUAGAUGAGGAGCAAGAGGCUGGAGAAGAGAGGGUAGAUGAGGAGCAAGAGGUUAAAGAAGGGAAGGUAGAUGAAGAGCAGGAAAGUGAAGAAGGGACAUUAGAUGAGAAUCACAAGGUAGCUAUAGAAAUGGACACAAGAAAGGAUAACAUAUUGGAAAAGGGAGAAGAAGAGAUGGAGCCGCUGCCAGAGAGCCAGGAGGGCCCCAUGAGGAUGUCUCCCCCUCUUAGUCCUUCCCUUUCACAAACUCUGAGUUGAAUACUUCGGUCCUACUCAAGAACAUCUGCCGUGUUGCCUUAGGCCACACAACCUGUAGUUCUUCCCUGCAAAUGGCCACAGAAGAUUACAGUGCAUACUGUUAAAGUACAAUUGGUCAACCUUUUUUUUAUGUCAUCAGUGUGGGGAAACUGAGUGGGGAUCCCUUGUUUGACUUGACAGGUUCGAUGUUUUGCUUUAAUGAACACUAUGACGCACAACAGACUGGAUCCAAACUCCAUCAACCGUAAGGCAUGUUCUUGUGGUGUUAGAAAUCAAAUCUAAACAGUUCAUCAGCUGAACACAAGACAUUUUAAGGUGCUAUACUGUACAUUAAUACAUUCUUAAUUCAGUUUGAGAAUAUUUACUAUGCAUUGUUUAGUCUUUUCUAAAAGUUCAAUGCCUUUUUGACAGAUUGGUGUUGGUUUACAAAUUUGCCUCCAACUUUUUCUUCCUUAUCCCUUAUUGCACUCAAAUGACUUUACAUACAUUCUUUCCUUACCUUGAAAGUAGCCUAAUCUAUGGGCUAGAGAGACUCAGCCAUAUUGCUAGAAGGCUAGUAAUGACGGCCUACAGCUAUAUAGAGUAUUCUAUUUAUCUUAAGGACUUAUAAACAAAUGUGAUUUGGGUGAACUACCAUGUUCUCUUGCCUGUGUCUGUCAGAUUGUAGUACUGAGGAAGGGUUGACAAGCUUGAGAAAUGUUGGGAAUGUUGAAUUCCUUAUGGAGUUACAUAAUAUCUAAUGCGUUUUGCAGAUGUCCAAUAUGUUAUUUAACAAGUAUCUGAACUGUACCUCAUUUGUCACAGUCAUGGACACACAGAGAUGAAAUUAAAUUCAUCCUUUCUUUUCUGA